GUCGAACCUGGUCCCGAUUUUUGAUAACAGUGGACUGUGAGGCAGCGAACAGAGUGCACUGUCCGACGGAGACAAUGUCUAUUUGGGCAUAACAUUUUAUUCGGAGUAUUUAAAGACACACGGCAGCUAAUACACUGAAAUCUAUUGUGGCAUCUACUGUUUAAUAAGUGAUUAUAAUUUCAAUUAAAAAAAAAACACACAAUCCGAAAGUGAUUUCCAGAAACUGUCUCACCACUAAUUAAGAGAAUGGCUGGGCAUUUUGUGAGGAUAUGUAAAAUGCUGUCAGUAUUGCUGCUAUGGGUAUGCCCUAUCCAGGGUCUCUACCUGGAGACAUACCCGAGCGGGGUCUGGAAGAUUCCCGAGGACACUCUCGUCAACCUGACAGUGUCUUUGGGCUUUGACGAGAGUCCCGAAGAACAGCAGGAGGGAAUGUUGCAGGACUAUUCUUCGGAACUUCAGCUAUCGAUAAAGGUGGCUGCUGACGAGGACUGGAAGUUGGACAUCGUCAAUCCCGAAGUCGAAUUCACGGCCGAAGAGGUCACGAUGGGUGUCAACAAAACCAUCACUCUGUCCGGAUACUACUGGGGCCUUUCGAAGAUGACAUUCUACCUUAAGCGCAACGACCUCGACCCCCAGUUCCAAAACGGAACUGUUCUGCGCGACGACUUGCAGAUCGUGGUUGACCGUAAGCUUCUGAUGUUGGACCACGUAUUCAUCGGCUUUGGUCUCAUAUUUAUGCUCUUCAACAACACCAUGAUGGGAUCUCAGCUGGACCUCCGCCUCAUCUACAGCGUCCUUCGCAAACCGUUAGGACCCCUGUGUGGCUUCAUCUCACAGUUCACUCUCAUGCCCCUGUUGACCUUCUUCUUCGGGAAGCUCUUCUUCGACAGCCCUUUGGAUCGUCUGGGCCUUUUCACCCUGGGAUGUUGCCCCGGGGGAGUCAUGUCGAAUUUCUGGACGCUGAUGUUCGAUGGGGACAUCAACCUGUCGAUCACCAUGACAGCUGUCUCUACCAUCGCUGCUAUGGGCAUGAUGCCCCUGUGGAUGUUCACCCUGGGGAAGAGCCUCCUGGAGGACAACGACAACCUGCAGAUUCCUUUCGCGAACCUCGUCUUCUCCCUCAUCGGGCUGACCAUCCCUGUUGGCUUCGGGAUUCUUUUGAAGCACAAGAAACCUCACUGGGCUGUCAAGGCGCGGAAGAUAAUCAAACCUUUCACUUUGAUUGUGAUUCUCUUCUUCAUGAUUAUUGGCACCUACAACUCGUACAAGGUCUUCUUACUGAUGACAGGGCCAAUGGUAGCCGCGGGAUUUCUCGUGUCCCUCGGAGGCUACUCUCUUGGUGCCUUGUUUGCCAAAAUCUUCUGUCUCGCUAGGGACAAGAUCAUAGCAAUUAGUAUAGAGACAGCGAUGCAGAAUCCCGGAGUCGCCUUCAUGUUGCUUAAGCUAUCUUUGCCGAGCCCGAACAGUGACUUGGCUGCUCUACCCAUCAUGGCCGCCAUGAUGCUGACGGGCCCACCUGUCAUGCUCCUCUACGGCGUCUGCGCACUUUCGAAACGUUUCUGCGGCUGUUGCCUGACAGGAAAGGAAGAAGAGUCAACUGACAGCGGACAAGCCGGCUCCAAAGAAGCAGACCUAUUUCUUCAGGACGUCGAGGCGAACGGGAUAAGCAAAGAGAACGGAGAACUUCCAGUAAAGAUCUUAGAAAAUGGAUCUGCAACAGAGAAGAACGAAAAUGAUGAAUUAUACGAAUUUGGAAAGACGAACAAAACUAUCGUGCUCGAAGGCUUCACCAAGAGCUCAUUGAAGAAGAAAAUGUCUGCGUGAGAGCUAGCGAUGGUGGAUUAUUUUCAAUCGAAUUUCCAUUAAUAUUUGGAUGCACACAGGAGCAUUUAGCCUAACAUAGAGGAUUAACAAUGCUCAUUUAAUCAAUGUUAGAUAUUCGCGUUUUAUACUUUUAUACAGCUAAUGCGUAUCCUUUCGGAUGCCUUAAAACAAGUCGUGUAGUCUCAGGGAUUAGAGGUUUGUUUUUUCCUCUCAUUCCUCUUGAAAUUUGCUUCAUUCUCCCUCUUGAUUCGCUCUCUUCAAAUUUUACGUUCGUUUUUUACUCCGUGCAUUAUCGUAACAUCAACUGCCUGCUGCGUCCAAGCCAUCAUUAGAUUCAAAUCUUACGAAACUUCCGUUAUGUCCCAGUACUUUUCUCGAAACUUUCUAUCCAUAGCGGCAAAAUCCUUUAGAUAUGAUUUCAUUCAGGUUGCCAGAUUGGCGAUUUUAUGGCCAAAUUUGUAAAAUUUGGCAAUUUUUUGAACUUGUGGCACUAAAGAAUCAGUUUGGUCAUUUGUGCAAAUGCUACAAAUGCACAACAGCAAAACCUUUUACGACAGGGCUGCAGAAAAAAGAACACCAUAUUCAAUAUCUUGAGGAAGUGCUGUCAAUUUAACAGCUAUGUUCCCCUGUAAGUAUUUUACGUUUGAUGUACGUAAAAUAUUUUUGAUGAUAUGUAAUCGAAUACCUAGGCAUAAUUUAUGCACAGAUAAUUGUUGGUAUGUUGAUUCACACAAUUCAAUCAUUUUAUAUCUUUGGCCAAAUACUUUUCCAAAGAAACCAUUUUCGGCCAUAUCUUCUCUAAAAUUUGGUCAUACGCUGUUCCGUUCAUCCGGCAGCCCUGGUUUCAUUGUAUUGCCUUUACUCAUGUCUGUCUACCAAUGCAUAUCUUAACUAGAUGGAUUCAAUUUCAGUCUAUUUGACCUCCAGAUUUGAUUGAGCCCACCUAUUGUUUAAUUUGCCCUUUCUUUCACCAAAUUUCAGCUCUAGAGAACCUGUACUGGAUAUCCUUUCUACUGCAGUGAUACUUCCUCCCGCUGUACAUUCUCUGCAUUCAUUAUUACCUGUUUCCAUAGAAUCAUGUAAAGUCCCAUUUCUCUCAGCAUGUAUGAUGAAUCCUAUUAAUGAAAUGUUCAUACAUCUUACGAUAUUUAACCGAUUAAAACAACAUCAUUUGCGUAUGCUUAGUCCAGCUCCAACCGCCUUUUCGUACAGUAUAAAAUCCAAACAGCAUUGGUGUCAUAAAAUUUCCCUGUAGCAGCCCACUAUUGCAAAAUACUCUUGACGAAAUUCAGUCCACAUUAACUUUGCGUCUGAACUAAAUCUUACUGUACUACUGUCAAGAACUCAAGCUCUUAACAUGGCAAUAAAAUGAAAUUUAUAGUUUUUCUCUUAUCAUAUUAAAUCACUACAGCAGGAUAGUUGAUAAGCUUGAAUCAGGAUGAUCUAGUUUGUUUAUUAGUCUUUUAUCUAUUUAUUACCUUUGUCCAAUCAGCUUUCUUACUCUUGAGUGAUAGCAAACUGCCUCUUAUAACUCUAAAAUAUUUUCUAUGGCAACUGAAAUAAAUUGCUCAAAUCCAUCAGCAAUAAUAACCUGACCAAUUCUGAAGAUUUAUAGAAAGUUAGCAGCAACAAAAGAAACAUCGAUAUCCUUAGGUCUAUGGCAGUAAAUGAAACCGUAGGCCAACGGUAUUAGUACAAAAGGAUAUAUAGAAAAUUCUGAAAAGUUCUUGAAGUGUGUAUUGAAAGUCAUGUCAAUACUCUCAUAUGGCAGAGUCCACCAUCUCAAAAUUGCUGGGUUAUCCAUGUUCUUCUCCCUAAACAGGCGACCAGUAAUGUUGAAAGGGAUUUUUCCUUUUUUUUUUUUUUACAUUUGAUGAAAAUAUGUUGCAAUCGUUUAAAGUCUGCAAUGGCCUUACAGAUCAACGGAUAGAACAAUGCUUGUCUUUCCUUUGUGUAUCGCUUUACUAAGACCUCUAGGAAAUUGUGAUAUUUUGGUAGAAAAUAAAAAUAAAAAUCAUGGUUCAUAUUA